AUGGAUACUUUCGCAGAUGGCUCAGAUCCGAAUUUGGUGACCCGUGGUGGGAAGCUGCGGAAUCUGCGCACCAUCCUUUUCGUGGAUGAGCUGCACCGAUGGACCAAGGCUCAACAGGACGCUCUCCUGUUGGACUGCGAGCGUGGCACCAUUGUUUUGAUCGGUGCCACCACAGAGAAUCCGUCCUUCUCCUUGAACAACGCCAUCCUGUCGCGAUGUCGUCUGGUGGUCUUCGGUAAACUUCCGCAGGAGGCCAUCGUGCAGGUCUUGCAUCGUGCAAUGCAGAAGGACAUCCACCUGAAAGACCUGGAACUCACCCCCGCAGCCCAGCAGCUGCUGUGCGUUUGCGCCGACGGCGAUGCGCGGGUGGCGUUGAAUGCGCUGGAACUAGCGGCUGCCAUGACGGCGACAGGAUCGCCGAUAGAUGAAGAUGCAGUGCGCUCGGCUAUUCAGAAGCGUGCGCUGUAUGAUCGAAAUGGUGACUUCCACUACGAUCUCAUCAGUGCAUUACAUAAGAGUUUGCGAGGAGGAUGUCCGGACGGUGCCCUGUACUACGCCACCCGCAUGCUGACGGCUGGCGAGGAGCCGAGAUAUUUGACGCGGCGCCUCAUUCGUUUCGCCUCUGAAGAUGUGGGGCUUGCGGACCCCUCGGCGCUCAGCCAGGCCGUGGCGGCAGAUCAGGCCGUGCAUGCCAUCGGCAUGCCGGAAGCAGGGGUGGUCAUCGCCCAGUGCGUUAUCUAUUUAGCACUGGCACCAAAGAGUUGUGCUGUGUAUCGCGCUUAUGAAGAGGCCUGUAAAGUCUGUAAAGAGGAGCCACAUGCGCCUGUGCCGUUGCACAUCCGCAAUGCUCCCACCAAGAUGAUGAGGAACCUGGGGUAUGGCAAAGGCUAUGUCUACAACCCAUCCAGUGGAUACACCAGAGGCUGCGAGCAAGGAUAUCUUCCGCCAGAACUUCAAGAUCGAAAGUUCUUCUUUGCCGAAGAUUGUGAGCCCGGACACCGCUUGCACUUUUGCGAGGAAAAUAAGCCGCGGAUUCUCCCGAACAGCUGA